UAAGUGCACAGACUUUCCACACGACACAACACGGAGGAUCCACAGAAACAAGCAAAGGAGAGAAAACGCAUGGCGUCGUCUCAGCCGGCCAAGGCCAAGCCGCACGUCCUGCUCAUCCCCUACCCGGCUCAAGGCCAUGUGAACCCGUUGCUGAGGCUGGCCAAGGCCCUGCACAUGCGCUCCUUCCACAUCACCUUCCUCCACACCGAGCACAACUAUCGCCGCCUCCUCCGGUCCCACGGGCCGGGCGCCGUAGAGGAGGUCCCUGGCUUCAGAUUCGAGACAAUUCCUGAUGGGCUCCCGCCGGCAGACCUCGAUGCCACCCAGGACAUUUGGAAGCUCUGUGAGGCCACGAGGCGGACGUGUCCGGGGCCUGUCAGGGAGCUCGUCGAGAGGCUCAGCCACACCGAUGGCGUCCCGCCGGUGACCUGCGUCAUCGCGGAUGGCGCCAUGGGGUUCGUGGUGCACGUGGCCAAGGAGUUGGGGCUGCCAGCCUAUCUGUUCUUCACGACCAGUGCAUGUGGGCUCUUGGCAUAUCUCAACUUUGAUCAGCUUGUCAAGAGAGGCUACGUGCCACUCAAAGAUGAGAGCUGCCUCACGGGCGGUUACCUAGACACCCAUGUGGGCUGGAUAACCGGAAUGAUCAGCAACGUCCGCCUCCGUGACCUACCAACGUUCAUCCGCACGACCGACACCAAUGAUGUCAUGGUGACCAUCAACAUAAAACAGUGCGAGUUGGACGCUCCCGCCGCUGACGGCAUCCUCCUCAACACCUUCGAUGACCUAGAGUACACGUCGCUGGCCGCCAUCCGCGAGCGUCUACCCAACACCAUCACCAUCGGACCACUCAUCUCGUUGUCGUCCUACCUUCCAUCCGUCACAUCGAGUCUGUGGAAAGAGGACAUUGUAUGCACUUCGUGGCUGGACAAGCAGCCGGAUGGCUCUGUGGUGUACGUCAACUUCGGGAGCAUCACGGUCAUGUCGACGGAGCAGAUGGUGGAGUUUGCACGGGGGUUGGAUGGCGCCGGCAGCCCGUUCCUAUGGGUUGUCCGGCCAGAUAUGGUGCGGGAUGGCAGCCUGCCUGAG